AGCUUCACAGAAGGAACUGGAGAUUCAAAAUGUUAGAUGACUUGCCCGGGAUCAAAUAGCCAGUCAGUGGCACAGCUGGUUGUGAGCGCUGAGGGCAGGAAUGCUGUCUGUCCUGCCCACCCUUACAUCUCCAGUGCCGAGAUCCUCAGUGACCCAGGAAGCUCUGGAUCGCAUCUGCGUCUCACGGGCUGGCCAUGCCCAGGGAAUAGUCCCCAAGAGCAUGCGUCGCCUCUAGACACAUCCACCAGAUCCUUCCCCUCACAGUUCGCCUGACCUGUUGCUUAGGGACACGUCCCACCGCUUCUCCUGACGUCUGCCUGAUCAGCCAUCACUUCCUUAGAGAACAAGGAGGGAGGCAGGCGCGUGAAAUCAUGCCACCGACCGCCGAACAGCAAUGAGUGGGUGAUACCAAGUUGACGUCAAAGUCAGACAAGCCCCAGAGACUCACUACAGCCCCUGGCUCCUCCUCUGCACAGCUUGCGCUGGGCUCCUCCUGGCGAAGCCACCUUGGCUCAACAAAGUCUGAGGUCUUCAGACCCUCGGACACUGGACACCAUGGAGAAUCACAUGUUUAAUGUUGAACAAAUCCAACCCAACGUGAUUUCUGUUCGCCUCUUCAAGCGCAAAGUGGGGGGCUUGGGGUUCCUGGUGAAGGAGCGGGUGAGCAAGCCCCCUGUGAUCGUCUCUGACCUAAUUCGAGGGGGUGCUGCAGAGCAGAGCGGCCUCAUCCAGGCCGGAGACAUCAUUCUUGCGGUCAACGGCCAGCCAUUGGUGGACCUGAGCUACGCCAGCGCCCUGGAGGUGCUCAGGGGCAUUGCCUCUGAGACCCACGUGGUCCUCAUUUUGAGGGGCCCGGAGGGCUUCACCACGCACCUGGAGACCACCUUUACUGGGGAUGGGACCCCCAAGACCAUCCGGGUGACACGGCCCCUGGGUCCCCCCACCACAGCUGUCGAUCUGUCACACCAGUCGUCAUCCUGCAAAGAGCAGCCGCUGGCGGUGGACAGGGCCACAGGUCCCAGCAGUGGGCCACAGCACGCCCAGGACAAUGGGCCAGAAGCUGGCUUGCUGUCCCACACCAACGGCCUGGACCCUGCCAAGAAAAAUGCCGGGGUCGCCCUUCAGUGCAGUGAGGAGCACAAUGAACUGCUCAAAGAGAUCAAGCCUGUGCUGAACCUUCUCACCACUGCUGACAGAGGGAUCAACGGAGGGGGACCUGCCAAGGUGGAGACAAAAGAUGCAGAAGUUCAGGUGGACAGAGACCUGGAUGCCAAGUCCCACAAACCUCUGCCCCUUGGCGUGGAGAACGACCGUGUCUUCAGUGACCUGUGGGGGAAGGGCAGUGUGCCUGUGGUCCUCAACAACCCGUACUCAGAGAAGGAGCAGGCCCCUGCCUCAGGAAAACAGUCCCCCCCAAAGAACGGCAGCCCCUCCAAGUGCCCCCGCUUCCUCAAGGUCAAGAACUGGGAGACUGACGUGGUUCUCACUGACACCCUCCACCUUAAGAGCACGUUGGAAAUGGGAUGCAGCGCACACAUCUGCAUGGGUUCCAUCAUGCAGCCUUCUCAUCAAUUACGGAGGCCUGAAGACGUCCGCACUAAAGAACAGCUCUUCCCUCUCGCCAAAGAGUUCAUCGAUCAAUACUACUCGUCCAUUAAAAGAUUUGGCUCCAAAGCCCACAUGGAGAGGCUGGAAGAGGUGAACAAAGAGAUUGAAACCACCAGCACCUACCAGCUCAAAGACACAGAGCUCAUCUACGGGGCCAAGCACGCCUGGAGGAAUGCCUCCCGCUGCGUCGGCAGGAUCCAGUGGUCCAAGCUGCAGGUGUUUGAUGCCCGCGACUGCACCACGGCUCAUGGGAUGUUCAACUACAUUUGCAACCACAUCAAGUAUGCCACCAACAAAGGGAACCUCAGGUCCGCCAUCACCAUAUUUCCCCAGAGGAUCGACAGCAAGCACGAUUUCCGAGUCUGGAACUCCCAGCUUAUCCGCUAUGCUGGCUACAAGCAGCCUGAUGGCUCCAUCCUGGGGGACCCAGCCAAUGUGGAGUUCACAGAGAUCUGCAUACUGCAGGGCUGGAAGCCCCCGAGAGGCCGCUUCGACGUCCUGCCACUCCUGCUCCAGGCCAACGGCAAUGACCCCGAGCUCUUCCAGAUUCCCCCAGAGCUGGUGCUGGAAGUGCCCAUCAGGCACCCCAAGUUUGAAUGGUUCAAGGACCUGGGGCUGAAGUGGUACGGCCUCCCUGCUGUGUCCAACAUGCUUCUGGAGAUUGGCGGCCUGGAGUUCAGCGCCUGUCCCUUCAGCGGCUGGUACAUGGGCACGGAGAUUGGCGUCCGCGACUACUGUGACAACUCUCGGUACAACAUCCUGGAGGAAGUGGCCAAGAAGAUGAACUUGGACAUGAGAAAGACGUCCUCCCUGUGGAAGGACCAGGCGCUGGUGGAGAUCAACAUUGCAGUUCUCUACAGCUUCCAGAGUGACAAAGUGACCAUCGUCGACCACCACUCGGCCACCGAGUCCUUCAUUAAGCACAUGGAGAAUGAAUACCGCUGCCGGGGGGGCUGUCCGGCAGACUGGGUGUGGAUUGUGCCCCCCAUGUCUGGCAGCAUCACCCCUGUCUUCCACCAGGAGAUGCUCAACUACCGACUCACCCCCUCCUUCGAAUACCAGCCUGACCCUUGGAACACCCACCUCUGGAAAGGUACCAACGGGACCCCCACAAAGCGGCGAGCCAUCGGCUUCAAGAAGCUGGCAGAAGCCGUCAAGUUCUCGGCCAAGCUGAUGGGGCAGGCAAUGGCCAAGAGGGUCAAGGCGACCAUCCUUUAUGGCACAGAGACGGGUAAAUCGCAGGCCUAUGCCAAAACCCUGUGUGAGAUCUUCAAGCACGCCUUCGAUGCCAAGGUGAUAUCCAUGGAAGACUAUGACAUUGUGCACCUGGAACAUGAAACUCUGGUCCUGGUGGUCACCAGCACCUUUGGCAACGGAGACCCCCCUGAAAAUGGGGAGAAAUUCGGCUGUGCUUUGAUGGAAAUGAGGCACCCCAACUCUGUGCAGGAGGAAAGGAAGAGCUACAAGGUCAGGUUCAAUAGUGUUUCCUCCUAUUCUGACAUCCACAAAUCAUCAGGCUGUGGGCCGAACCACAGAGACAACUUUGAGAGCACUGGCCCCCUGGCAAAUGUGAGGUUCUCGGUGUUUGGUCUUGGCUCGAGGGCAUACCCGCACUUCUGCGCCUUUGGACAUGCUGUGGACACCCUCCUGGAAGAGCUGGGAGGAGAGAGGAUCCUGAAGAUGAAGGAAGGGGAUGAGCUCUGUGGGCAGGAGGAGGCGUUCAGGACCUGGGCCAAGAAGGUCUUCAAGACAGCCUGUGACGUGUUCUGCGUGGGAGAUGAUGUCAACAUUGAGAAGGCGAACAACUCCCUCAUCAGCAAUGACCGCAGCUGGAAGAGGAACAAGUUCCGCCUCACCUAUGUGGCCGAAGCUCCAGAGCUUACACAAGGUCUAUCCAAUGUGCACAAGAAGCGGGUCUCAGCCGCUCGUCUUCUCAGCCGUCAAAACCUUCAGAGCCCUAAAUCCAGCCGGUCAACCAUCUUCGUGCGUCUCCACACCAAUGGGCAUCAGGAGCUGCAGUACCAGCCUGGGGACCACCUGGGCGUCUUCCCUGGCAACCAGGACGACCUGGUGAAUGCCCUGAUCGAGCGGCUGGAGGACGCACCCCCUAUCAACCAGCUGGUGAAAGUGGAGCUGCUGGAAGAGCGGAGCACGGCUCUGGGAGUCAUCCGUAACUGGACAGAUGAGCGCCGCCUCCCGCCCUGCACCAUCUUCCAGGCCUUCAAGUACUACCUGGACAUCACCACGCCGCCCACGCCCCUGCAGCUGCAGCAGUUCGCCUCCCUGGCCACCUGCGAGAAAGAGAAGCAGCAGCUGCUGGUCCUCAGCAAGGGCUUGCAGGAGUACGAGGAAUGGAAAUGGAACAAGGACCCCACCAUCGUGGAGGUGCUGGAGGAGUUCCCGUCCAUCCAGAUGCCCGCCACCCUGCUCCUGACCCAGCUGUCCCUUCUGCAGCCUCGUUACUAUUCCAUCAGCUCCUCCCCGGACAUGUACCCCGAGGAGGUGCACCUCACCGUGGCCAUCGUCUCUUACCGCACUGGAGGUGCCCUGCUGGUCCGAGAUGGAGAAGGACCAGUUCACCACGGCGUGUGCUCCUCCUGGCUCAACCAGAUCCAGUCUGACGACGUGGUCCCCUGUUUCGUGAGAGGAGCACCCGGCUUCCACCUGCCCAAAAACCCCCAAGUGCCCUGCAUCCUGAUUGGCCCGGGCACCGGCAUCGCCCCUUUCCGAAGCUUCUGGCAGCAGCGGCAAUUUGAUAUCCAACACAAAGGAAUGAGUCCCUGCCCCAUGAUCCUGGUCUUCGGGUGCCGGCAGUCCAAGGUGGACCACAUCUACAGGGAGGAGACCAUGCAGGCCCAGAGCUUGGGGGUCUUCAGAGAACUGUACACGGCCUACUCCCGGGAGCCAGACAAACCAAAGAAGUACGUGCAGGACAUCCUGCAAGAGAAGCUGGCGGAACCCGUGUACCAAGCCCUGCAGGAGCAAGGGGGCCACAUUUAUGUGUGCGGGGACGUCACCAUGGCCGCCGAUGUCCUCAAGGCCAUCCAGCGCAUCGUGGCGCAGCAGGGGAAGCUCUCAGUGGAGGACGCUGGCGUGUUCAUCAGCCGGCUAAGGGAUGACAACCGCUACCAUGAGGAUAUCUUUGGGGUCACCCUGCGAACGUAUGAAGUGACCAACCGCCUUAGAUCUGAAUCCAUUGCCUUCAUUGAGGAGAGAAAAAAGGACACCGACGAGGUUUUUAGCUCCUAACCGGAUGCUCUUCCCCGACGGACAGCAGGGGGUCCGCCCCAUGCGCUCCAGCAGGGGUGGCGGCAGGUUCCAUAAGCGUGGACACCGCUGAAUCCUUCCCAUGGGACCCUCGUGGCCCCGUUCUGCCUCGUCCUGUCGCCGCCUGUCCUGGCUUUCCUCUCCUGGGUUCUCACCGCUCCGUGUGUCCUUGGGUUUCCUCCUGAGUUUUCCUGCUGCAAUGCAAUGCCUUUGCACUCCUCAGCGGCUCUCACAGCGCUGCCCCGCCCUCCUCCUGACAAGGACAAAUCCGCGGCCAGUGGAGGCCCUGGGACGUGCGGCGCUCACAGCGGGGCUUGUUUUCGGGGUUCCCCAGGAGAGGCGCAGGGAUCACACAAACGAGUCUUCUGAGCCAGUCUAGCAGCCGCUGAAGUCCCACUUUACCUUUUAUAGGAUAACGUCUGGUCGUGCGUGUGUGUGCGCGCGUGUGAUGGGCCUGGGUCUCGGUCAGGCCUCUUGCCCAUGUGAGCAUGUUGCCUGCAGACCCCGGGGGCCAAGAACCCCGGCCCAGCCUGCGUUGGCUGCUCACACAUCCUUAACUGAGGGACUGCGCCUGGGUCCCUGUAACACUUGGAAGCACCCUAAUGGUCCUGGAAAUAAAGGGUCCGGGCAUGGAGAGGGCAUGUGAGGAUUUAGGGGGAAAUCUCCAAGGAAAGGGGGAAUCUGAGAACUAGAUGCAUUUAGAUUCUUGCACCACCAGAGAACCCUGGCUGGGAAACUCACCCCCAGCCCACCCACCCCAAACCCUCCCAGAGCAGCCCCACCCACGAGGCCAGAAGUAACGCUGUCCAAGGGAACGGGCUGGACAUGGAAUCUUGUCAUCUUUGCCACCCGCUGGCUCUGGACAAGUCUCUGGUCCCAGGUUCCCCUCGUUGUAAUGCUAUAAAGCUAAGAAGUAUGAACGGAUCCAACUUUAACGUUGUGAAGACUGGAAACAACAUUAAGGAAGUGUCAUCGUUUUGUUUUUAUUCCCCCAAAUAGGGCUUGCUGCUUCACCCUCAGCGGUCAAAUCCCGGAAGCCAGUUAGGGUUGAUCAGGUUGGGCAGCGGCGCCACGUGGCUUCCUCUGCGGGCCCACAGCCCAGGGUGGGAAGGGCCUGGCCUCUGUGCUGUAGGCCUUCUACAAGGCAUCCCCCACAUGUUUAACCUGCUAAAAUAACGGUGACAAAUAAAUUGUCCUCGACAGAUUUCUUUUUAAAUGGGCAGCAGAGUCGUUAGCAGGAAUCAGAGCUGGUACAAGUUCUCCCUGGCAGGCAAGCCGCUGCGUUUACCCUCUCAGAGUCAAUGGUAUGGGAGUGCUACCAACCAAUGCAGGCAGCGCCCACCAGAGAGCCAAAAAGUCCCAGUGCCCACCCCAGGGGACUGGCUCCGGGGUCUGCUCUGGGCCCCCGGGGUUGGGAGGGAAGCAUUGGGCCAGGCCCAUCCUUCUGUUUGGUUUUGUCACAGAAAGACAGUGUCUCCUGCACAGUGGGCAUUUCUUUCUCGAUGCUCCGUGUGUGGGUGUUUUUUUUUUGGGGGGGGGGGAGAGGGUACCAAAGAGAAGGUGCCCUGGCCUCUUGGGAAAGGCCUUAGAAUGGGGGUGCCAAAGAGGUGUUGGGGAGGACAACCUCCAAGACUCGAAGUCAAAGGGCAAAUUAUAUCUCGUCUUCGUCCGCCCUCCCUGGGAGCUCCCACUGGUGCCCCGUCCCCUGGGACAGAGUUGGGACCUCCCCGCCUUCCCUGAGUCCUGUUUUCUCCUGCUCAGACUUCCAAGGGCAUCGAGACCAAACGCUCAGCAUGCUCCCCGACCCUUUCUAACCUGGAGGGAAGCCCCUCGUAAACCCCGUCUCUCCUGCAAACGCGAUCUGUCUCCUAGCAGCUUCCCAACCCCUUGAGCUUUUUGGAGAUACCGCCUACAGUGUCACUAGCUCCCGGGGAACGUGUCCAGCCUCCAUCAAAUCAAGCUUUCUGCACGAAUGCUUUUCCACCGCCCAAUAAAUACUUGUGAGCACUCUG